UAUAUAUGUACACUUGUGGCUAACUGAAACUAUAGGAGCCCAUACCAUUUACAGUUCUUUGUGAAGUGCGGUGGAGCUUCUUGGGAGCAUCAAUGGCUGUUUUCAUGGUGGUUCUUGGGGUGCUCUUGGUGCUCUGUAUCUGCUCUGCUUUGUUGAGAUGGAAUGAGGUGAGGUACAGGAAGAAAGGUUUGCCUCCAGGAACAAUGGGUUGGCCUGUAUUCGGUGAGACCACCGAGUUUCUAAAACAAGGUCCAAGCUUCAUGAAAAACCAGAGAGCAAGAUAUGGCAGUUUUUUCAAGUCCCACAUACUAGGCUGCCCUACCAUUGUAUCCAUGGAACCAGAGGUGAACAGGUACAUCCUGAUGAAUGAGGCAAAAGGCCUUGUUCCUGGCUACCCCCAGUCCAUGCUGGAUAUCUUAGGGAAAUGCAACAUUGCAGCAGUUCAUGGCUCCACCCACAAGUACAUGAGAGGGGCAUUGCUUGCCCUCAUUAGCCCCGCCUUGAUCAGAGAACAGCUUUUGCCAAAGAUUGAUGAAUUCAUGAGAACCCACCUUAGCAACUGGGAUAACCAAAUCAUUAAUAUUCAAGAAAAGACCAAAGAGAUGGCUCUUCUCUCAUCCCUUAAGCAGAUUGCUGGUAUUGAAUCAUGCUCAAUAACGCAACCUUUCAUGACUGAGUUCUUUAAGCUAGUUUUAGGGACACUUUCAUUGCCUAUUGACCUUCCUGGAACAAAUUAUCGUCGCGGAUUCCAGGCGAGGAAAAAUAUUAUAAGCAUGUUGAGCCAGCUAAUAGAGGAAAGAAGAGCUUCCCAAGAAACCCACCAAGAUAUGCUCGGUUGCCUUAUGAGAAGUGAUGAAAACAGACACAAACUAACUGAUGAAGAAAUCAUUGAUCAAAUAAUUACAAUUUUGUAUUCCGGUUAUGAAACUGUUUCCACUACUACUAUGAUGGCCAUCAAGUAUCUCCAUGAUCAUCCUAGAGUUCUUCAAGAACUCAGAAAAGAACAUUUGGCAAUUAGAGACAGGAAGAACCCGGAGGAUCCAAUCGAUUGGAAUGAUAUAAAGUCCUUGAGGUUUACUCGUGCGGUGAUCUUCGAGACCUCAAGAUUAGCCACAAUUGUUAAUGGUGUUUUAAGGAAAACCACGCAGGAUAUGGAGCUGAACGGAUUUGUGAUUCCAAAGGGAUGGAGAAUAUAUGUUUAUACGAGAGAGAUUAAUUAUGAUCCUUUUCUAUACCCAGAACCAUUCACCUUCAAUCCGUGGAGAUGGCUGGUAGGUGACUGUUUUACUUUUGCUUUAUUUGCCUGCAUUAUUCAUGGAAAAGUUCCUAAUGGCCUAAUUACCUAUGACUGCAAAAAGCAGGAUAAGAGCUUGGAGUCUCAAAAUUACUUCUUGAUAUUUGGAGGGGGGAGCAGGCAGUGUCCUGGAAAGGAACUGGGAAUAGCAGAAAUUUCCACUUUCCUGCACUACUUCGUGACUAGAUACAGGUGGGAAGAGAUUGGGGGUGAUAAACUAAUGAAAUUUCCAAGAGUUGAAGCACCAAAUGGGCUACAUAUUAGAGUCUCGUCUUACUAAAUUAACUCACAUAUGUAUUGUACAGAAGCAAGACAGCAUAUAAAAGAGAGAUGAUUGCACAAUAAUGUUCUAACAGGCUAGAAAUUAAUGAAACCGAGAGUUUCCA